AUGCCGCGUUCGAGAAGCAAGUCCACGAUUCAAGACGUGGUGAUUCGAGGCCCCAUCUUCGCGGUUCUGCUGGCGGCAUGGCUGCUGGCGGGGUUGUCGAUGGCGGCGUGGCUGUGCUACUCGCGGCACGCAUCGUACGAGAGCGAGCGGCGGCAGCACCUCGACACGUGGUGCUACGAGCGCGCCAAGCUCUUCGAGCAGCACACACUCACCACCGUCAGCCAGAUCCGCCCAUCCCUGUCAGACAUUCCCAGGGCUGGUGGUGGUGGCGCGAAAGCCGAGCAGACAUUCGCAGGGCUGGUGGCGGUGAUGGGGAAGUCGAAGAGGAACGCUUUUCGGACAUUCGCAGGGCUGGUGGCGGUGGUGGGCAAGCCGAAGAGGGACGGCGGCAAGUGGACGUGGGAUAGGUGCUUCACUCGCGUGCGGUGGGAUAAGUACAUCAACCAGACGGGUUAUUCCCGCCCAGGCAACACCGGUGCCAUGCUCUGCCUCUUUGUCACUGAUAAGGAACGGAAGGAAGCUCGGCGGCUGACACAGCGGGUGAGGAGGAGGAGGGCAAGUUGGGGGUCCAUCUGGGCCAGCAGGGGGAGAGGCGCUGCUGCUGCUUCCAAUCUCGCUCUCACAGCAUCUGCGCAGCCUCGGGCAGUGCCCACGGGGCUGCCGAGAAUCUGCAAACCCUCCUCAGAGAUAGUGACGCCUGGGGGGACUGAGGAGGCGUCGAUUGCAGCGGCGGACCACGCCGCGCACUUAGCCGGAUUGUGCACCAGGCCGAGGGCGGCUAAAGCAGAGGGCGAGGAGGUGGGUGAGUACUUCGGCGUUGCCCAGGGCUGCGUCGCGGAUGUGCUCGAAGGUUGUUCCAGAUGGGCCGGCCCCUACUCCGUUGGGGAGUUUGGCGAGGAGGCGUCUGAAGUCGCGAGCUUCGAUAGUGGGUGGGUCUUCCGCUGUGGCGGUGCGGAGCCAGUCAGGAAGUGGUUGGCAGGCGGAUGGGUGUCUCGUCGUGAGGGCUUCCAACACUUCAGGCCUGCGUUUGAGCGGCAGUGGGGGGGGCCAAUCGUGGACAUGGCAGGGCGGCCGCAGCAGCGGCAGCCACUCUACUGCCCCAAGAUGCUCGACAUCCACUACUACCGCUCCUCCAUCCCUCUCAUGGACCUCGUUCAGCGCAUACCCGACGAGCUUGCCUUUCUCAGGCGCACUGGGGAGGUUGGGUAUGGUGUUGUGACGCCGGUCGGAAACCUCAGCUACAAUCUCACCGGUGUUGCGGUGGGCUUUCCCAUUUUGCAGCACCCCCUGCCGCCAAACCCAACGCAGCAGCAGGCAGAGGAAGCAGUGAUCGGGGGGGCAGGGUCCGUGGUGGACCUCACCUCCAUCGCCAGAAACGUGCUCACCAAGGUGUUCACCCCAGACCCUUCAAUCACAUUCGAGGCGUACGACACAACUGACCCGAGUGCGCCCACCAUGAUCUACGGGUCGGGCCCAAGGCUCAUCUUCUACAAGGAGAGAGACAUUGUGCCCUUCACUGCCGCCUCGCCCGCCAACGUCACGCGCCCCUGGGAGCAGCGCGCUGUCGUGCCACUGGACCUGCUGGGCGGCCGCCUGCGCCAGUACCAGGUACUUCAAGCCUCCCGACUGCCGCGUGGCACUCAUGGGGCGGGUGUGCCCUUCCUCUGGGCUCUACUCGCCCUGGUGCUCGCAGCCCUGGUGUCUGCCAGCCGUAGCAUGGCAGAAAUUCUUGCAACUCCGUGCUCCCAACUCCCUUCCAUCGCUGCUACCACCAGAUACUCCGAGCCUUCCGAUGCAUGGCAAUUGUGGGGCAUUCCCUUCCUCUGGGCAUUACUCGCCGUCGUCCUGACAGCAUUAGUAGCAGCCGUAGCAUGGCAGCAGCGCGUGGGGUACUUACGAAGCCAGGACGGAAUGACAGAGGCCGACCGCCUUCGAGCCAGCGCGCGCGCAGCGGAGCGGUCCAAGAGCCUGUUCGUGGCGUCGAUGUCUCACGAGCUGCGCACGCCCAUGAUCGGCAUCAUGGGGUUGUUAGACGCUCUGGUGGCAGACAUGGGGCUUAGUGGGGCUCAAAUAGCGGAUGUGGGGGAGGCGAGGGUAGCAGCGGAGGACACAGUGCGGCUGGUGAAUCGCGUGCUCGACCUCUCCAAGCUUGAAGCGCGCAAGAUGGGGCUUUGUUGUGGGCCGGUUGACCCGAGGGCGUGGCUGGAGGGCGUUGUUGGGGAGAACUACUGGAGGGCUCGCGACAACGGGAUUGAAUUGGUGGGAGUGGUGGAUGCGAACGUGCCUGAGGAGUUGGAGAUUGAUGCCAUGCGGCUCACACAGGCGCUGCAAGAGCUGAUAGACAAUGCACUGCGCUACACAGGGAGUGGACACGUACUGCUGCGAGUGUCUGUAUGCCCCGCCUCCACCACUCUGCAGCAAGCACUAGACCAGCUCAAUGCUUCAGACGCCCCGCUCCCGCCCUCGCCUCCUCCUCCCCCUCCAUCGUUUCUCUCCUGGCUCGCCAGCCUGCCUGCCCGCCUGGUUCUCUGCACCAGAGCUUUCCUCCUGACGCCUUGCCAGGGCAGCCCCUCGUGUGACCAGAGCACUUCUGAGAGCACCCACCAGAGUAGCUACCAGAGUGCCUUCCAGAGAGCUGAUGGGAGAAUUGGUCAGAGCAGCAGUCAGAGAUUUGAUGAGAGAAACGACCAGAGAGUGCCCCAGAGUAUUGACGGGAGCAGUGAGAGCGAGGAGCCGUCAGCGCAAGGGGACACAGAUGCAGUAGGAGGGUGCUUGCCUGCGGAUGCAGUAGGAGGGUGCUUGUCUGUUGUACGGCUGUGGGCGGCCGAGGGAGUGAGUGAGGUCACGAGGGGGGAUGGAGGAGAGGGGGAUUCGGAGGAGGGUUGGGAGGACGGUGGUGGGAGGGGGGGCAGCUGGAAUGGGAGUGCGUGGAUGCUCCUGGUUGUGUUGUGUGAAGAUACGGGGUGUGGCAUGGAGGAGGAGAAGCAGGAAGGGCUCUUUGAGUUGAAGGGGCGGUCAGAGAGUGGAGGAGCGGGGCUGGGUCUUGCUCUCACGCACCAACUGGUGACCCUCAUGGGCGGUCAUGUGGCCUGCCUGUCUCAUCCCGGCAUUGGCUCAACCUUCGCCUUCUCUGUCCCCUUCUCCUCGCCCCCCUCGCCCCUCGCCGCUCCCACUCACGUCACCCAUCCUCCGGCUCCUUGUGCACCCGUUACUCACUCCCCCUCUCCCCCCACUGGCGAUUUGGAGGGAGUGGCAGUGGGCGUGGUGGCGUCUGAUAGAGUCAGGAGAGAGGGAGUGGCGGUGGGUGUGGUGGCAUCUGAUGGGGUCAGGAGAGUGGUGAGCAGUGGGAGGGAUCCGUGUCUCGGGGCACGAGUGCGCUUGCUGUCGUCCCCGGGGAGUGAGCAGCAGCAAGGCAGAGAACGUGACGGAGGGGGGAUGUGCUUAGACGGAGAGGGGGAGAGGACGUAUGUAGAGGGAGAAGAAGAGGGGAUCACGGGAGAAGGAGAGGGGAUGCGUUCAGAGGGAGGAGUGAGGAUGCGUGUAAAGGAAGGAGGGGGGAUCUGUUUAGAGGGAGAGGGGACGAGCAAACGUACCCCUUGGGUGAUGGUGGUGGAGGAGGAGGAUUUGUUGAGAGAAAACAGUAGGGAAGCACGAGGGGCUGCUUUGAACGGUGCGUUUGCCAGUGGUGGGAUUGUUCAGGAGUGUGUUGGCAAUGGGUCAUGCAGGGAGGAUGGGCGAGGGAGGGGAGCGGGUGUGUCUCGGGGUGAGAGAGGGCCUGUGGUGGCGCUGGUGCCGGCAGGGGCAGGCAGCAGAGAGGCAGGAGGGGAGGUAGCUUGCAAUGGUGCAAGGGAAGCAACAGGAAGCAGCAGUGGUGAGGUAGCUUGUAUCAGUGCAGUGGCAGGCAGUUGGGAGGCAGCAGUGUGGCAGGCAGGCGUGCGGGCGGUGAGAGGGAUGGAAGGGAUGGCACGUGGUGCUCUGGUGGUUGGAGUGGUCGUUGUGACGGACUGCUCUGGUGGGGAUGUGAUUGGGGAUGGAGAGGAGGAUGAGGAAGGGGAAGUGGAAGAGGAGGAAGAGAAGGUAGAGGAGGAAGAGGGGGCAAAGGUGGAAGAGGAGGAGGGGGAGGGCAGAACAAUUGCUACUGCCUCUGCCUCUGCCUCUGCUCCUUCUGCCUUUACCGUGCCUCCUCGGGUGGUCAUCUGUUGCCGCCCGCUGCUCUCUCACCAUCUGCACCACGCCGUUCAGCUAGCAGCGUUCGGAAGCACCAACGUUGCAUGCGGAGAGGCGCGGCCGGAUGACAAGAAGCAAGGUGGGCGUGGGGAGUGUGAGGCGAAGGAGACGAGCGCACAGGUGUUGGAGACGAGGUUGGGAACUGCAGCAGAAGCAGGAGGAGCAGCAGGAGCAGGAGGAGCAGCAGGAGCAGGAGGAGCAGCAGGAGCAGGAGGAGCAGCAGGAGCAGGAGGAGCAGCAGGAGCAGGAGGAGCAGCAGAAGCAGGAGGAGCAGCAGAAGCAGGAGGAGCAGCAGAAGCAGGAGGAGCAGCAGAAGCAGUGGCAGGACCCGGUGCAGUCACAGGCAUGCGCUCUCUCUCUGCCAGUGCAGUCACACCAGCUGCUGCUUCCAAUUCAGCCCGAGAGGUGCAGCGCAACGGUGGUUCCCUGCCAGGCAAGAAGUUGGGUGCGGUGCUGCAGGGUGCGGGGGUGGUGCAGAGGGUGGGUGUGCAGGCAGGCAAGGGGUUGAGUGCUGUGCAGCAGGGUGGCGGGGUGCUGGGGGGGGUGGGGGUGUUGGUGGUGGACGAUGCGGCGGUGAAUCUGCUGGUGGCGCGCCGCACUCUCACUCGCAGCGGCGCCACCGUCGCCACCGCAGCCAGCGGGGAGGAGGCGCUGCGGCGAGUCAAGCACACUCUGAGUCUGAGGGGCAGCGCACACCCCAUGGGGCCUGCCUUGGGAGGCGCUGCAGAGGCGGUGGAGGGGCAUGUGCAUGUGGAUGUGGUGCUCAUGGACCUGCAGAUGCCCCUCAUGGACGGGUGA